UCAGGGCUGCCCGCGCCGCCCCGCAGGAAGUGAUGGCGGCCGAGGGAGGAGGAAGAGCGGCCGCGGGUCGACUUUACCUGGUUGAUACAAUAGCAGGAGAUCCAGAGGUUCUGCAAGCAGAUGCUGAAACAUACUAUGAAAAACUCUUGAAGAAGUCACUGUCCACUCCUGAUGUUUUUUCCAUCCCUGGAGGAGGAGAGGUUAAACUUGAAGAUUCCUGUGUGUGUUUUGUCCCUCUCUACCGAAAUAAUCCUACUUGCAAACUGUUGCUGUUAACUGAUCCAAAGGAUAAAGAGACAGUUUUGGCAGUUUAUUUGAGCCAGCGCUGGUGGCCUGUGGAAGAUGUUGUGAAGACAGCUGAUCCUGCUAGAGAUGGGCUCAUUUUGGUCCAGACAUUUGGAGAAAGGAUUGUCCUCUUUGUUCUGAACUGCAUUAUUUUUGGAAUGCUGGAAGGGAGUUCAGCUAAUGAUGCAUUCUUUCUACCUCACUCUGCCACCGAGCGUGCCAAGAUACUCUGGAGGAACGGCGAGGCUGCUGCCUUUUACUCGGUCAAGAUGAAAGGGAGCCUGUGUGAUGGUACAACCAGUCAGUGUUACCUGCUGCCAGUUUUGGAUACUAUAUUUGUCCAGAGAAAGUACAGAAGAGGUGGCCUAGGGACGAAAAUGUUGCAUGAUUUCUGUCAGUCUUUCCUGGCUGAGGAUGCCUUGGGGAUCAGCUGCCCUAUUUCUGCUGCCAUGUAUCAAGUAUGCCAGAAAUUCCUGCAGGCUCAUCCUGAGGAGCAGAAGCGACUGUGGGAAGUGGAAGCACCAGGAGAUUGGAGCCAGCGACUGAAUAUCUGGUUAAAAAUUCAGAUGGAGUCAUCCCCUUCAGGAAAAACUGAAGUGGGCUCUUGUAUGGAGAAGACUCCAACUACUAAACCCAGACAAUCGGACCAGAUGAAUAAGGUGGGGCAGUGUUCUUUAUCUUUUCCAUGACCCAUCCUCCCUCCAGGAGAUAUCUUCUGAUAAUGGCCCAUUUAGCCUCCCUGCAUGACUGAUAAGAUGACAUCAUCCCAUUGGGAGAUUCUCUGCCCAGGGGGAGGAGCCAAGCAUUCCUACCUGGAUAUAAUUUGAGCCCUGGAACACACAGGCAGCCUUUUUCCACAGGAUUCCCAGAGGAAUACUGGACACUUCUAUGCCACCCCUGGACCUUCAGAGAGAAACUGCACCUUUCUACAGGAUCACUGCUACAGCAGAA